CUCAAAAGUCUCGACCAACCAACCAACAAACGAACAACACUUAUCACUGUUUUGUCUGAAACUUCCGGAGUCCCAAACACCCUCCUCGAUUUCCUCUCCCUUCCCACGCUCUCGCUUUCCAAGUCUCCGAACAUUCUCUUCUUCUUCUUCAGCGCACUGCGAGUUCUGAUUUAUAUAAAUGGAUCGGCCGCUCAUCGACUUAGAAGACGACAUUUAUACUUCUCAUUCUUCCCCUCUCAAUCCAACUUCACCACCGCCGCCAGGAGUCCCUGACUGCCACUUCCAAUCCUCCUCCUCCUCCGAUGAAGACGACCAAUCCCAACGCGACGUCGUAUCUUCCAAGUCCAUCGAGUCCACCUCCAAGCGCCUUGACUACAUGCUCCAAUUCCUUGACCGCAAGCUCUCAAACGACGCUACUAACCCCCCAAACGACCGCUCUUCCCUCCUUGAGUUCGUCGCCAAGGGUGGUGCCACCGGGAUCUUCAAGGUCCCCGUACGAUCAGCCGUCCACCCGGGUCGCCCGACCUGCUUGGAGCUCCGGCCUCAUCCACUUAGAGAAUCCCAGAUUGCUAGCUUUUUGAGAACCAUCACCUCUACGGAUUCCCAGUUGUGGGCCGGGAGCGAGUGCGGGGUUAGGGUUUGGGACUUCAAGGACUUGUACGAGCCAGGGAUUGGAGACCUGAUCGGGGAUGAAUAUACGGCGCCGUUUCAGGAGUCCGUGUCGACUUCGCCUACCAUAUGUUUGGUCGGGGAUGAGGGGACCAGAGUGGUGUGGAGCGGGCACGGGGAUGGGAGAAUCAGGUGCUGGAAGAUGACGAUGUCGGAGCAAAACGGUGAAUGUAGGAGUCUUUUCAAGGAGGGCUUGUCUUGGCAGGCUCACCGCGGCCCGGUUCUUUCAUUGGUCAUCACGUCUUAUGGGGAUCUGUGGUCAGGUUCGGAAGGUGGUGCUAUUAAAAUAUGGCCAUGGGAAGCUAUUGAAAAAUCUCUUUCACUAACUAAUGAAGAAAGGCAUAUGGCUGCUCUAUUAGUGGAGAGGUCUUACAUUGACCUGCGGAGCCAACUCACUGUCAAUGGUUUCAGUGACGUAGUAACAUCAGAUGUUAAGUAUCUGUUAUCUGAUAAUUCAAGAGCAAAAGUGUGGAGUGCUGGUUAUUUGUCAUUUGCUCUCUGGGAUGCUCAUACAAGGGAGUUACUAAAAGUGUUCAAUACAGACGGUCAAAUUGAGAACCGGGUGGAAUUUUCUCCUGUACAGGAUUUUUCACUCGAACAAAUCUCUAGUUCAAAAAAAGAAAAAAUGCAGGGUUCCUUUGGUUUUUUUCAGCGUUCACGCAAUGCCAUAAUGGGGGCAGCAGGUGCUGUUCGUCGAGCUGCAGCAAAGGGGGCAGUUGGAGAUGACAAUCGCAGAACUGAAGCACUGGUAUUGACAAUAGAUGGGAUGAUUUGGACUGGAUGUACAAGUGGCCUACUUGUGCAGUGGGAUGGCAGCGGCAAUCGUAUACAAGAAUUUCAGUAUCAUCCUUUUGCUGUUCAAUGUUUUUGUACAUUUGGGCAACGUAUGUGGGUUGGUUAUGCAAGUGGAACAGUCCAGGUACUCAACCUCGUUGGUAAUCUGCUCGGAGAGUGGGUAGCUCACAGCAGUCCUGUGAUAGAAAUGACAGUUGGAGCUGGUUAUAUUUUCACCUUGGCUAAUCAUGGUGGCUUACGUGGAUGGAACAUCACAUCUCCAGGACCUCUUGACAGCAUACUACGUUCAGAAUUGGCUGGAAAAGAAUUUUUAUACACGAGGACAGAAAAUGUGAAGGUUUUGGCUGGCACUUGGAAUGUUGGACAAGGAAGGGCAUCUCAGGAGUCACUUAUCACCUGGCUACAUUCUGAGGUCUCAGAUGUUGGGAUUAUUGUUGUUGGGUUGCAAGAAGUUGAAAUGGGUGCUGGUGUCCUUGCAAUAUCUGCAGCUAAAGAGACUGUUGGACUUGAAGGGAGUUCUGUUGGGCAUUGGUGGCUGGAUAUGAUAGGCAAAACAUUGGAUGAAGGAUCAACAUUUGAACGUGUUGGUUCUAGGCAGCUGGCAGGUUUGCUCAUUGCUGUGUGGGUUAGAAACAAUCUUAGAGUUCAUGUUGGCGAUGUUGAUGUUGCAGCAGUUCCAUGUGGCUUUGGGCGUGCAAUUGGUAAUAAGGGAGCUGUUGGUGUAAGGCUCAGAGUGUAUGACCGGAUAAUGUGCUUUGUUAACUGUCACUUUGCUGCCCAUUUAGAAGCAGUUAAUCGGCGAAAUGCAGACUUUGAUCAUGUAUAUCGAACAAUGACAUUUUCCCGGCCAACUAAUCUUUUCAAUGCCGCAGCUGUUGGUUCUUCUUCUGCUGUUCAAAUGCUCCGUGGUCCCAAUGCUAUUGGUGCUAACACACACACUGCAGAAGGAAUGCCUGAGCUAUCUGAUGCAGACAUGGUCAUAUUUCUUGGCGAUUUCAAUUAUCGGCUUGAUGAUAUCUCUUAUGAUGAAGCAAGGGACUUUAUUUCUCAAAGAUGCUUUGAUUGGCUUAGAGAAAGGGAUCAGCUCCGAACAGAAAUGGAAGCUGGUAAUGUCUUCCAAGGGAUGCGUGAAGCAGUUAUUACAUUCCCUCCCACCUACAAGUUUGAAAGGCAUCAAGCUGGUUUAGCAGGGUAUGAUUCGGGUGAAAAGAAGCGCAUUCCUGCCUGGUGUGACAGAAUUUUAUACCGUGAUAGCCGGUUAGCUUUGUUAUCUGAGUGCAGCUUAGAGUGUCCUGUAGUCUCUUCUAUAUUAAGGUAUGAAGCUUGCAUGGAUGUGACAGACAGUGAUCACAAGCCUGUCCGCUGCAUAUUUAAUGUUGAUAUUGCUCGAGUUGAUGAGUCGAUAAGGAGACAAGAGCUUGGUGAAAUACUUGAAUCAAAUGAGAAAAUCAAACGUAUGCUUAAGGAACUAUGCAAAAUACCAGAAACUAUUGUUAGUACAAACAACAUAAUCCUUCAAAACCAGGACACAUCUAUUUUGCGUAUUACAAACAAGUGCGGGAAAAAUGAGGCUUUCUUUGAAGUAAUUUGUGAAGGUGAGUCUUCUGUGGAGGAGGAUGGACAAGCAUUUGAUCAUCGUCCAAGAGGUUCCUUUGGCUUCCCACGAUGGCUUGAGGUCACUCCAGCAGCUGGCAUAAUCAGACCUAAUCAUAUUGGAGAGAUCUCAGUUCAUCACGAGGAAUUCCAAACUCUGGAAGAGUUUGUUGAUGGUGUUCCACAGAAUUGGUGGUGUGAAGACAACAGAGACAAGGAAGUCAUAUUGGUGAUUAACGUGAGGGGCAGCAACACAACCGAGACAAAAAAUCACCGUGUUCGCGUGCGCCGUUGCUUUAUGUCCAAGACAAAACGGUUUGGCCCCGAACUGAACAACUCUAGGCAAAUCCAAGGAACGGUUCUUCACCGGUCAGAUGUUCAACGCCUUAGCAGUUCCUAUGAUGUGGUUGCCCAUCUCAAAGAUUUGCAUAGUCCUUGAAGUAGACGCUAAUAACAGGCAUUAGUCAGUGAGAAAAACAAGACACAGCUUAAGGGAUCCUCUUUUCUCGACAUAGUCCUGUCAUACAAUCACCUUGCAUGUAAAUACUUGAGCUGUCAUGUUGCCUUUUUAAUUUUUUAUUUUUUUCCCAGUUGAUUUGCAUUCAUAGCAUUUUUUAUUUAUGGUUCAUCUGGUGUCAAUUUUUUGAACUGUCAUCAGUUUGACGUACAAAGCUACAAGUCCAUCUUUGUAAUUUUCUGGUUUCAAGUGUACAGAAAAGUGAAUGAGUCACGCAGCAGGAGGGGUUUGGAUUUU